UGAGGCCCACGUGUGAGAGCCAGCAAACAGAAAGGGAAAGAGUGGGUGAGAGAAAACAACUGCAGUGAGCAAGGGAUGGAAGGAGGAAGUAAUGAGCAGAAGGGUGUGGUCGACUAACGGUUCAUCACUGAUUCCUGACUGACACACAGAGGAAAGAGGCCGUGGAUACUGCUCUGGAACGAGCUCCGGAACUACGUGACAUCUCAGUAUGGACACCAAGAUUCAGCUGAGCUGGAUGGCUGUAUGUCUGUUUCUCACACUACCAGGGUCCCUUGCUCAGAGCCCUACCACCACACACCCGAAUCGACCGGUGAAAGUGACUCUGGUGGCGAACAUUACUACUGCCCCCUCUCCAGCCAGAACUGGUGGGCCUACACAUGUCUCCUGUCCUGUUGAGCUCAACCCUCCCAGAGUAGUGGUGAGAUAUGGAGACUCAGUCUCAGUCAACUGCACAUCAUUCAUAGACUCCGAGGGGAUGGGCUGGGAGGCCACAUAUGGAGGUAUAGGUGUGCAGGAAGAGGUCAACUUUGUCACCUGGACUGUGAAAAGCCUCAUAGACUGGACAAUAGAACCUAAAUGCUACAUCAAACCACACAAUGAAUCGCAGUGUACUGAGAUUCUCCCUGUCAUUCUCUACAAGACUCCAGACAGCGUGUCUAUCCCUCCUCUGAACCACUCUGGUCCAAUGGUGGAGGGGAAGGAGUACCAGCUGCAGUGUGACAUCCACAACAUCGCUCCUCUACAGAACCUGGUUGUGAGGUGGUACAAAGGGAAUGAAACUAUAGAGAUUCAAAGGUUUAAUGACUCCACAAAGAAACCAGUGAAUAUCUCUACCCACCUUACCAUCACCGACAGAAGAUAUGGGGGUGAAGUAGAGUACAGAUGUGAGGCAGAGCUGGACCUGGGUCCAGAGGGACCAAAACCUUCUGCCUUGUCAUCAAAGCCUCUUAAUUUGACUGUUUACUCUCCCACAAACAAGUCAACAACACCCACAGCUAAGUCCUUAACCACCACAGUGACAUCAUCUCCAACCAUCUCUGGAAAUACCAAGAGAACCUUCGCUCCUGUUGCCUGGGAUGCAAAGUGGGAUGAACCAUUCAAUUAUGACUACAGCUUCCUCCGCGUUGUUGGUCUGUCUAUCGCUGCAGUGCUCUUCAUCCUGGGUAUUAUGGUCAUUAGCUGUGGUAAAGUAUGCCGGAUGCCUAGGUGUCAUGUGGGCACAGGGAAGUCGUACCAAGUGGCCAGAGAGUAGUGAGGGGACAGACGUGUUACUGAGUGGCCUCAAGACACCAGAAGAGUUCAUCAGAGGGACACGGAGAAACAACACUGAUUCAACAGACCUUAUUGACCAUGUGCGUGUGUAUGUGUGUGUGAAAACGUUGUUGGACGAAACUCUGCGUCUCUCAUCUCAGCGAUGAGAACAUGUGUUUCAUGUGCCUUUCCCACAGACUGCAAGUGAGACUCACUCAGCAUUAUGAAAUGACCUCUCCCUCACUCUUCUAAAGACUGACCUGUAGUUUUGAACGCAAGUUUGAUUAUACUUUGGCACUCAUGUUUCUAUGUAUAUUUCCUCUGUAGCUCAGCUGGUAGAGCACGGCGCUUGUAAUGCCAAGGUAGUGGGUUCGAUCCCCGGGACCACCCA